UGUGUAAUAGCCCCGCCCCGCCCUGCAGUGACGUGAAGGUCAGCUGCUGAAAGGUCAGACACAUUGUAUCCAAGAUGGCGGCCUCCUUGUGUCAGUGCUACCAGCUCUGUGUUGCACGGAGUGUCCGUGUCCUAUCUGCACGAUCCUACCUGUCCUCCUUCAACAGAGCCCACGUGUACAGGAUAUGCAGGCCCCCCACAGCACUGCCACAGGUGCAGUACUCUUCGCGCGGCGGGGGGCGGAAGGGCUUCCUGUCCGAGUUCGUGGACAGCCUCAAGCAGGAGCUCAACAAGAACAAGGAGAUGAAGGAGAACAUCAAGAAGUUCAGGGAGGAGGCCCAGAGACUGGAGGAUUCGGAUGCACUGAAGCAAGCCCGGCGGAAAUACAAAACGAUUGAAUCAGAAACUGUGAAAACGUCAGAGGUGCUGAAGAAGAAAUUGGGAGAGCUGUCGGAAACUGUGAAGGAGGGUCUGGAGGAGGUGGGUCGCUCGGACCUCGGGAAGAAGAUCAAAGAGGGGGUGGAGGAGGCGGCCAAAACAGCCAAACACUCAGCCGAGUCUGUGAGCAAGAGCGGAGAGAAACUGGGCAAGACCGGAGCCUUCCGAGCCAUCUCUCAGGGAGUGGAGACUGUGAAGAAGGAGAUUGACGUCCUGGGACAGACAGGCUCGUACCGCCCCCCUUCCCGGCUGAGGAAGAGGACCGACUUUUCGGGGAAGUCCGGAGCUGCAGAGGACAAGGUCUUCGAACCCAAUGAAGAAGCCAUGGGGGUCGUACUGCACAAGGACUCCAAGUGGUACCAGCAGUGGAAGGACUUCAAAGACAACAAUGUGGUUUUCAAUAGGUUCUUCGAGAUGAAGAUGAAGUACGAUGAGAGUGACAACGCUUUCAUCCGCGCCUCCCGGGCAGUCACGGACAAAGUCACAGACAUGAUCGGCGGGUUAUUUUCCAAAACGGAAAUGUCCGAGGUUCUGACGGAGAUCCUCAAAGUGGAUCCCACGUUCGAUAAAGACGCGUUCCUGAAGCAGUGCGAGCAGGACAUUAUCCCCAAUAUCCUGGAGGCUAUGAUCCGAGGAGAGCUGGAUGUUCUGAAGGACUGGUGUUACGAAGCUACUUUCAGCCAGCUGGCUCACCCGAUCCAGCAAGCCCGGGCCAUGGGACUGAUGUUCCACUCCAAGGUCCUGGACAUUGACAACAUUGACCUGGCCCUGGGGAAGAUGAUGGAGCAGGGCCCGGUGCUGAUCAUCACGUUUCAGGCUCAGCUGGUCAUGGUGAUCCGCGGACCCAAGGGAGAGGUGGUGGAGGGAGACCCGGAGAAGGUGUUGCGGAUGAUGUACGUGUGGGCGCUGUGCCGCGAUCAGGACGAGCUGAACCCCUCCGCAGCCUGGAGACUGCUGGACAUCUCCGCCUCCAGUCAGGAGCAGGUCCUCUGAGCAGGGGCCCCUCGCACCCAGGGCCAGUGGGGCUGACGGCUCCUCUACUCCCCGCGGCGGCCCCACAAACACUGCCCCCGACUGCCACUCAGUUCCACUACCUUGGAUACCUUCAGUGCCCGCGACUCGCCCUCGGGACACAGUAGUGGUCUGUCUGACCACGGGAUUGCAAAGUCAUUGAGGGGCACUGGAGCAGUUUACAUCCAGAUGGAGGCUCGCUGGCCACUGGCCUUGCCAUUGUAUCAUAGUGCCCAACACGGCUACCACGCACGUCAAAUCAAAUAGGACUUUUUUGGGGGGGGGGGGGGGGUUGAUGGUGCCAUAAUUUAAGGAGGUUUUAAAUAAGGUUGGAUUUUGAAACUCAAACACACACAGAGUUUGCCAGUUUCCAGGAUGAUGAGAGUCGGACAGAAUCCAGCAUCUGGAGGCUUGGGUUACAUGCGAGAUGAAUUUUGUCGACUGCGCACACUUUGGCACAAUCGUUGGGUUCUGUUGGGUGUGGUGGAACUCUUGUGUAUUUUUGUCAACACUGUGCCUGGUGCAAACUGACAACCGUUUGCCUCUCUUCCCUGGGGAGAGAUUUUCCAGCAGAACGUUGCCCCUGUAUGUUGGUAGCCUGCCCCUUGUGUUGAAUACGGGUAUUGCAGCACCAGUUCUGUUACAUGGGAGCGCGCAGUCUCUGUGUAUUGUUUGUAUUAAAUAAACGUCCGUGCUGGUGUUUUUAACCAGUGUAAACUCAUUUGACCAAAAAACAUGUGGAGUCUUGUCUCUGUAGCUUGGGCCCAGAAAAGUAGCCCUGUUUUG